UCCUCUGAACCCAUUGUCCCGGAAAAAAAAACACAAAAAGCAACAUUCUCCCCCCUACAAUUCCUCCCCAAUCCAACCUGUAUCAUCUCUCUCUCUCUCUAUACAUGGAUUUUUCUCUCUAACCUAUAUUUCUUCAGCCCCGAUUGCUCUGCUCCUCUACCUCUCCUUCCUCUCCCUGGGGCACCACUACCCUCCUCCGCCCUCCUCUCCAAAUGGGUAACUGUUGCUCUCGCGGCAACAACGACUCCGAUCCAAUGAACACCGACAACACCACAUCCAAGAAGGAGGGUUCUGCAAACCCUAACCCUGACCCCAACAACCCAGAAACCGCCGGAGCCACCGAUCAUCCCAAAACCACUCCUCCUUCCGCCUCCCCGAACCCCUCCACCAAACCCUCAAAGGCCGCGGCGAUAGGACCGGUUCUAGGCCGUCCGAUGGAAGACGUGAAAUCGAUCUACAGUGUUGGAAAGGAGCUGGGAAGGGGACAAUUCGGAGUCACCCAUUUGUGCACGAACAAGAGCACAGGUGAGCAAUUCGCGUGCAAAACGAUUGCGAAGAGGAAGCUGGUGAACAAGGAGGACAUUGAGGAUGUUAGGAGGGAGGUUCAGAUUAUGCAUCACUUGACAGGACAACCCAAUAUUGUGGAAUUGAAAGGGGCUUAUGAGGAUAAGCAUUCUGUGCAUUUGGUGAUGGAAUUGUGCGCCGGAGGAGAGCUUUUCGAUCGGAUUAUUGCAAAGGGGCAUUAUACUGAACAGGCGGCUGCUUCGCUGUUGAGGACGAUUGUGCAGAUUGUGCAUACUUGUCAUUCAAUGGGAGUCAUUCAUAGAGAUCUUAAGCCUGAGAAUUUCCUUUUGUUGAACAAGGAUGAGAAUUCGCCUCUCAAAGCUACCGAUUUCGGGCUGUCUGUCUUCUAUAAGCAAGGAGAGGUAUUUAAAGAUAUUGUGGGUAGUGCAUAUUAUAUCGCACCUGAGGUCUUGAAGAGAAAAUAUGGACCAGAAGUCGAUAUAUGGAGCGUUGGGGUCAUGUUAUAUAUUCUUCUCUGUGGAGUUCCUCCCUUCUGGGCAGAAUCGGAGCAAGGCAUUUUCAAUGCAAUCUUGCGUGGCCACAUCGAUUUUACAAGUGAUCCAUGGCCUUCGAUUUCAUCCGGAGCAAAGGAUCUUGUAAGAAAGAUGUUGAACUCAGACCCCAAGCAGCGACUAACAGCAUUCCAAGUUCUUGAUCAUCCUUGGAUCAAGGAGGACGGAGAAGCACCUGAUACACCACUUGAUAAUGCGGUCUUGGGAAGACUCAAGCAGUUCAGAGCAAUGAAUAAGUUCAAGAAAGUCGCUCUUCGGGUUAUCGCCGGCUGCCUAUCAGAGGAAGAAAUCAUGGGACUGAAGCAGAUGUUCAAAGGAAUCGACACUGAUAACAGUGGGACAAUAACACUUGAGGAGCUAAAGCAAGGACUCGCCAAGCAAGGGACGAAGUUAUCAGAAUAUGAAGUUAAACAGUUAAUGGAAGCUGCUGAUGCAGAUGGAAAUGGAACCAUAGACUACGACGAGUUCAUUACAGCAACAAUGCACUUGAAUAGAAUGGACAGAGAAGAGCAUCUUUACACCGCAUUCCAGUACUUUGAUAAAGACAACAGCGGGUACAUUACCAUAGAAGAACUAGAGCAAGCACUAGUCGAGUUUGGAAUGAACGAUGGGAGAGACAUUAAGGAAAUCAUUUCUGAAGUUGAUGCUGAUAAUGAUGGUCGGAUCAAUUACGAUGAAUUUGUAGCCAUGAUGAAAAAGGGCAACCCAGAUGCAGGACAAAAUCCGAAGAAACGACGCGAUGUGUUUGUUUGAUUCUGCUUCGCUGUUGAUAGCAGGGAAGAGCAAAGAGCAUUAUCUCUAUGUCACCUCUG